CCUUUCACUGCUUUCCUAGUUCUUUCUCCACUCGGAAGGUUCAAACCUAAAAAGCUGUUCCCACUAACAAUGUUUCCCACUUGUCUCCUUUCACUGCCUUCCUUCUGCCUUCCUAGUUCUUUCUCCAUCAAAUACACCUCUUGUCCUGUCGUUGUUCUUGCUGUUGCAAUAAAAAGGAGACAAUCUUCAGCUUCCUCCAACAUCCGGAGCAUUGAAGCCGAGAGGAAAGACUUAGGAAGAACCCUCUUCGAACACCUUGCAGACGUUGUGGAGCGUUGGGCUGAUCCAUUCGGAGCAACAGCUAGGCCUGGUUCUAACAAAAAGGCCAAAGUUCUCUUCCAAGCUUUGGUGGGCUUAGCUAUUGUAGCCGUGAACAAUUGAUUCUAAAAGCCCAUAGAAUUUCUUGCUUAUGUUAAUAUGUUCAAUUAUUAUCGUAUUAUAUUAUCAUGGUGAAUGAGAAUUUUGUUUAAUAAUUUUAAUAGUUGUAGCUUGUGCUGCAAUAUGUCAAAGCUAAAAAAAUGGACAGCUUAGUUGGGUUUAAUGAAUGGUUCUUUAUAAAGUAGGAAAUUUACGGGUCUGGUUUGAGUCCAGCUUGUGCUUGGCUGCAUCCUGCAAACCUGAGUUCUAUCUUUGUUUGUCUGUAGGCAAUAGUGUGAUGAUUUGCUCUGGAGACUGCAGCCAGAGUAAUUUUCUUCAUUGCUGACUGACGGUCAUAAGUUUUAGCUGAUUCUUUGUCCAGAUUCCUGUAAUUUAGUAUUCAAACAGCUUUGGUAUGUGAUUGGAUUUUCUUUAAUGUUUGUUUGUGAAAGCAAAUAUGAUUUGGUAAUGUUUUUUCUAAGGAAUUUAUCUUUUAGGUGGUUCGUUUGCAGGAUAUGAUUUAAUAUUCAUUAUACAUGUUUCUUGACUAAAAACUUCUGAUCUUCUGUUAGUUGAACUUUGAAGUGCUUAUGAUGAUUUUUUAAUUUUUUUCGUCUCCAGAGUGAAGGCAGUGGACUGUACACUGGAGAUGGCUCAGUUGAUAUUAAAGGGAAGCCUGUCCUCAAACAGAAUACUGGAAAUUGGAAAGCCUGCCCUUUCAUUUUGGGUACUGAAUGCUGUGAACGUUUGGCAUACUAUGGAAUUGCCACUAAUCUUGUAACUUACCUAAAAAGCAAACUACAUGAAGGAAAUGUAGCUGCCGCUAGAAAUGUCAGCAUAUGGCAAGGCACUUGUUAUCUUACCCCUCUUAUUGGAGCAGUCUUAGCAGAUGCUUAUUGGGGAAGAUAUUGGACAGUCGCUGUGUUCUCCCCUAUUUACUUCAUAGCAGCUAGUUGUAAAAGUUUAUCUUUGAUAUGUUUUAUGCCAACUUUCUUAAUACAAUUCCUAGUGUUCAUCAAUGCAAGUUGAUUGUUGAAAUUCAGUUUUUGAGGGGAGGCAUAUACUUGGAAAAGUUUUGCAGUGCUGCUAGCUACAAUAAAAGGCAUUUAUGCAA